CCAGAAGCUGGAGCCAUCCUAUGCCUUCCCUCAGCUCUGCUACUUAAUAAAUCGGUAUCCCUUCAUUGCCCUCUGGUGUCUCCUCCUCGCCCUUUGGAGUCCCAUCAUCACCAUCUGGCAUCCCUUCACUUCCCUCUGGUGUCCCUUCACCACCCUCUGGUGUCCCCUCACCGCCCUAUGGUGUCCACUCAUUACUCUGUGGUGUCCCCUCACUGCCCUCUGGUGCCCCCUCAUCACCCUCUGGUGUCCCUUCAUCAUCCUCGUGUCCCCUCACUUCCCUCUGGUGUCCCCUCAUCACCCUCUGGUGUCCCUUCAUCAACCUCUUUUGUCCCCUCACUUCCCUCUGGUGUCCCAUUACUCUCUGGUGUCGCCUCAAUACUCACCGGUGUCCCCUCACCGCCCUCUGGUGUCCCCUCAUUACUCCCUGGUGUCCCCUCACCACCCUCUGGUGUCCCCUCACCGCCCUGUUGUCCCAUUACUCCCUGGUGUCCCCUCACCGCCCUGUUGUCCCCUCAUUACUCCCUGGUGUCCCCUCACCGCCCUCUGGUGUCCACUCAAUACUCUCUGGUGUCCCCUCACCGCCCUCUGGUGUCCCCUCAUUACUCUCUGGUGUCCCCCCACCACUCUCUGGUGUCCCCCCACCACUCUCUGGUGUCCCCUCAAUACUCUCUGGUGUCCCUUCACUGCCCUCUGGUGUCCCCUACUCUCUGGUGUCCCCUCACCGCCCUCUGGUGUCCCCUCAAUACUCUCUGGUGUCCCCUCAUUACUCUCUGGUGUCUCCUCAAUACUCUCUGGUGUCCCCUCGCCGCCUUCUGAUAUCCCCUCAUUACUCUCUGGUGUCCCCCCACCACUCUCUGGUUUCCCCUCAAUACUCUCUGGUGUCCCUUCACUGCCCUCUGGUGUCCCCUACUCUCUGGUGUCCCCUCACCGCCCUCUGGUGUCCCCUCAAUACUCUCUGGUGUCCCCUCACCGCCUUCUGAUGUCCCCUCAAUACUCUCUG